CUGUGUGUGAAAGUAUUUGCUCCUCCUGUCCAGUGAGAGGCGCCCGAGCUCUGAACACAGCCGGGCAGAAACAGCAGCGAAUAAUAAAGCACCAUGGGUCAAAACCAGAGUGGAGGACAUGGGCCUGGAGGCGGAAAGAAAGACGAUAAAGAUAAGAAAAAGAAGUAUGAGCCUCCAAUCCCCACUAGAGUUGGAAAGAAGAAAAAGAGGACAAAGGGGCCUGAUGCUGCUAGCAAGCUGCCUUUAGUCACCCCCCACACACAGUGCAGACUAAAGCUACUGAAGCAGGAGAGGAUCAAGGAUUAUCUUCUGAUGGAGGAGGAGUUUAUCAGAAACCAAGAACAGAUGAAGCCACUGGAGGAGAAACAGGAGGAAGAGAGGUCAAAAGUUGAUGAUCUGAGGGGUACACCGAUGUCAGUAGGAACCCUUGAAGAGAUCAUUGAUGACAACCACGCCAUAGUGUCUACGUCGGUCGGCUCAGAGCACUACGUUAGCAUCCUGUCCUUUGUAGAUAAAGACCUUCUUGAACCAGGCUGUUCUGUUUUACUAAACCACAAGGUACAUGCAGUGAUUGGUGUGCUGAUGGAUGACACGGAUCCUUUGGUCACUGUGAUGAAAGUAGAAAAAGCCCCUCAGGAAACGUAUGCUGAUAUUGGAGGACUGGACAACCAGAUUCAAGAGAUCAAGGAGUCUGUUGAGCUUCCUCUUACACACCCGGAGUAUUAUGAGGAGAUGGGAAUAAAACCCCCUAAAGGAGUCAUUCUCUAUGGACCACCAGGCACAGGAAAGACCCUGUUGGCUAAGGCUGUGGCUAAUCAGACAUCUGCCACAUUCUUGAGGGUGGUGGGCUCAGAGCUGAUUCAGAAGUACCUGGGUGAUGGUCCCAAACUGGUCCGAGAGCUCUUCAGAGUGGCAGAGGAACAUGCUCCUUCCAUAGUCUUCAUUGAUGAGAUUGAUGCAAUAGGAACAAAGAGGUAUGACUCAAAUUCUGGUGGAGAGAGGGAGAUUCAGAGGACCAUGCUGGAACUCUUGAACCAACUGGAUGGAUUUGAUUCCCGUGGAGAUGUUAAGGUUAUCAUGGCUACUAACCGAAUAGAGACUCUUGACCCUGCAUUAAUUCGUCCAGGAAGAAUCGAUCGCAAGAUAGAAUUCCCGUUGCCAGAUGAAAAGACCAAGCGCAGAAUUUUCCAGAUCCACACAAGCAGGAUGACUGUGGCUGAUGACGUAACGCUGGAUGACCUUAUACUGGCUAAAGAUGAUCUUUCAGGCGCUGAUAUAAAGGCCAUUUGCACAGAGGCAGGUCUUAUGGCCUUGCGUGAGCGGAGGAUGAAGGUGACGAAUGAGGACUUCAAGAAGUCCAAAGAGAAUGUUCUGUACAAGAAACAGGAAGGGACCCCAGAGGGCCUCUAUCUUUAACUCUGCAUGGCCUGCCAGGCUCCUGCCCUUCCAAACUAAAAACACAUUUUUUUUUUAUGUUACGUUUACUUCUGUUUGAGCCAGCUGUUUUUUCACUCUUGUGCAAAUAAAAGUAUUUCAUUUCCAGAG